CAUGUGGGGCCAUGGGUACUAGCCCAGAGCGUCUUCACCAAAAACCAAAAUGGCGUCUUCAGAACAACAGUCAGCCGAUCAGCAACUCGCGCUGGCAAUGGCUUACAGCAACGCCUACAGCAAAAACACAGACUACAAUAAAGCAGAAGACGACUCCAGGCAUCAACGAGAGGGAAGCAGGGAUAGCGACCGCGAAGACAGCGAUAGCAGAAGACGCGGGGGGAACUUUGAACGAAACGACUUGAAGAGAGAUAGAGAAAGUACAAGCCGAAGAUACACACCUUACGACACAAACCGGAGAUCACGGUCAAGCGGUGCACCAGAGAAGAAGGUCUUUGUGUCUAAUAUUCCUUUCGAAUCCCGAUGGCAAAAUCUGAAAGACCAUAUGAAUAAAGUUGUUGGAGAUGUCGCAUUUGCAGAAAUCUUUGAGGAUGAGAAAGGCAGAUCUAAGGGCUGUGGGGUGGUGGAGUUCACCUCAUCUGAGAGUGCAGAGCGGUGCAUCAGUCUGUGUAAUGGCCAGGAUUUUAAUGGACGAAAUCUUCUUGUUAGACAAACACGUCCUGAAGACGAAAACAGAAUGCACAGGUCUCGUCUCCGUGGCAACUCGGCAUCCCAGUCAGUAGGGGGAUCAGGAGGAGGCUUGCCUAGUCUCCUGAACCUGAGCACCAACCCCAUGAUGAAGAAAUCCAACGACCCCGCAGCCUCUACAGUUUUUGUGACCAAUCUCGAUUACAAGGUGAACUGGCAGAAGCUUAAAGACACAUUCAAGUGCGCUGGGCAUGUCAUCAGAGCAGAAAUAAUGGAAGAUGAUGAGAAGAAAUCCAAGGGGAUGGGCACAGUGCAGUUUGAGACACCCAUGGAAGCUAUGAACGCUGUUAAUUUGCUGCACGGGAAGAUGUUGAUGGAUAGAGCCCUGCGUGUACGCAUGGACCGUGCAGCUCCUCCUGUACAGAACCAGAUGUCGAACCUUGCGACCAAUGCCCAGCAGCUACUUGGAGGAGCAGGAGCUAACAACCCUCUUGCCGCAGCCGCUGCGAACAACCCCAUGGCCUUGUUGCAGUUACUACAGAGUUUGCAGGGCUUGACAGCUCUUGCCCAGCUAACCGGGCUUGGGGGUGUGGCGAACCUUGGCAACACCCAACCACAAACCAACAGCUCCAGCAACCAAAACAUGGGCAUGGGUGCCAGUCAGAGCAUGGGCACCUCAAACUCCUUGCCCGACAUGUCCAGCCUGGCUAACCUUGGUGCCCUGGGUAACCUUGGCAACCUCGGUAACUUCAGCAACAUGCAGAGUCCAAUGCAGAGCACUAUGCAGAGUAUGGCAGGGCAGUAUGGUGGGUCUCAGUACAGCACUGGUCAGUAUGGGACCAGUACGUCAUAUGGCACCAGUACACCACAGUAUGGGACUACCACCUCAAGUUCUGCUGGGUCGUCCAUGAACCAGGGAGACGCAUCUGGAAAACAAGUGUUUGUGAGGAAUCUACCCUGGAAGUACACAUGGCAAGACCUCAAGGACAAGUUUCGCCCAGCAGGUAAAGUCAUGAGAGCAGACAUCUUGACGGAGCCCAGUGGCCGAUCAAAAGGUUGUGGGAUAGUUGUGUUUGAGACACAAGAGGAAGCCCAGAUGGCAAUCUCUGCCUUUAAUGGUGCCUCAUUUGACGGACGUGAGAUUGAUGUGCGUCUUGACAGGUUCGGCUGAGGGGUGUUCGCUGGACGUAGGGGCUUGUGACUGGUGGAUAAUGGUCUUUUUCGUGUACCUUCGUGUAUUGUAGAAAUGCUGAUGUUUGAGAUUUCCCGUUACCCGUUGUAAAGCAGAGGAAUAAUGCGCCAGUUCACUGUAGAGAGAAUGGUUAUGAAGUUCUGCCGUGCUGUUUUUAAUUACUUCUUCUUUGCUGCUUCCGGAGAUGGUUAGAGUGCAUUGUAGAGAAGCCGAUGACAAAGUUGUACCAUGCUGUUUUCGAUGAUGGUCUGAGUGCAUUGUAGAGAAGCCGAUGACAAAGUUGUACCAUGCUAUGCCUUGCCGUGCCGUUUUUAAUGACUUCUGCUGUGCUGUUUUUUGAAGAUGGUCCGAGUGCAUUGUAAAAAAGCUGAUUACGAAGUUCUGCUUUGCUGAUUUUAAUGACUGAUGGCAUAUUGUUUUACCUUACCUUAGCUAGUUGAAAUUGAAGAUGGCUUGGGAAGUCUAUUGUAGAAAUGUUCGAGGGCUUCUGCGAAGAUGUAGUUCUAGUGUGGCUUCAACAGACUCACGGAAGCUGUUUUUGUAUCACAAAUACCAGAGGAAGCGGAAUUUGUGGAAUUAGUUGUAGAGUUUCGAUCCCUGAAGGAACUGUUCUAUCGAAUUGGCAAACUCGCUACAGGGUUACAAAAGCCAUUUGUGUGACGGAUGCCAGAUGUAGUGGAGUCCCUCUCUGUGACUGCGACCGUUGUAGAGUUACGAUCCCCGAUGAAGCUUCCACCUGCUGUAGUCUGCUCUAAGGUUGCGGGCUGGAGGUUUUGCUUGCUCUCUUCGGAGUCAUUUAAUACUCACAUCUGACACUUUGUGUGGGGGUUACAGUGAGCUCACUGGUAGCCAAGCGACUCUUGUGAAUUUCCACUGUGCAUGACUUGGUGGACUGGGGGCUCUUAUGAAGUGUCAGUCACAGUUGCAUACAUACCCAUGCAAGCAGCGACAGUAUUGUUUACGUUGAGUGAUUCCUAUAUAUUGCUGGUAGUUUCUGAGGCUGUUUGCACGGGAUUUUACCAUGUUACCGAUAUGACCUCCUUGGUUGAGUUACAACACGGUACCACACCCAUAAUUGCUAACAAACCAGUCACUUGUUUUAAAGGGGCUACCCAAAUUCCCAUGAAGCAUUGCUCUUGCGGCCAUUUUGUUUGUCAUCAAACAUAAAACAUCACAUUCUUAAGCACAACGCUCUUAACAUCAGGAUUGCUUAGAAAGUCCUAACAAAAAAAAACCCGAUAAUUUUCCAAAACUCCCGUAGCGAUGAAAACUAGAACAAUGCAAUAAGAUUAAACCGAAUUGGCAUCAUACCCACUUUUCAAAAUACUUUCUGUACCCACUCACACCACCCCCAUGACUCUUUCUUUCGCAUGUCCAGUUAGUAGUGAUGCAUUAGUGGGCGCUAGUCGGGAAUGAAGUCAUGCAAGUGGAAAGAUCAGUCGAGGAACAGUUGCUGAAGGGGAAUUGUAAUCUAUCUAGGUUUGCUAUAGUUUCACCGCUUAGGUUAGGUUUUAGUUCUUUUGUUGACUGCUCUUUACUGUAGAUUUUUAUUCUGAUCGUAGUUGCCUGUUGUAGCUUGGGAGUUUUGAUUCACAUGACAUGUUUGACCUAGAUCUGUUUGAUCUAGAUCUGUCUGACUGUUUUUCAUUCACUCUAAAGGUUGACUUACCUCAUACACUUAGCACCACACUGGAACAGGCGUAUUGUUGUAUUCUUAUAAAGGACCAUUGUUAUCUUU